CCAAAACCCAAACUCACCCUCCACUACACAGCAGAAAUUUUGGACGCCCAAAAAUGGUGAAAUGCCUCUUGAUGAUCACUGCGGAGCUCGAGAACCUCACCAACCUUGAGCCCCAAGGCGGCUGCGACGACCCCAACUUUUCCUAUUUCUUUAAGUUGAGAUGUGGGACGUGUGGAGAGGUGAGCCAGAAAGAAACUUGUGUGACAUUGGGGGAAACCGUUGCUCUCCCAGUUGGCAAGGGAACCACUAAUCUCAUUCAAAAGUGCAAGUUCUGUGGGAGGGAUGGAACUAUAACAAUGAUCCCAGGCCGAGGUAAACCAUUGACUCAGGAAGUAAGUCAAUCCGGGAAGCAUACCCCCUUGAUGUUGUUUGACUGUAGGGGUUAUGAGCCUGUGGAAUAUGUAUUUGGCACUGGAUGGAAAGCUGAAUCUAUUGAGGGAACUAAAUUUCACGAGAUUGACUUGUCGGCAGGGGAGUAUGCAGAAUAUGAUGAGAAGGGAGAGUGCCCUGUUAUGAUAUCCAAUCUUCGUUCUACCUUUGAUGUGGUGAAGUGAGUGUAGUACUCUUUUUGUUAGCAUUUUCUCUAGGUAUAUAUAACUGACUCUUCUUCGCUGGAUGCUUUAUAUCUGAAGAUGGCAGAAUGUAAUAUGUUUUUUUUGACUUGGAUAUAUUAAUGUAUUUGCUGGUUGGAGCUAUCAACUGUAUUUAAUGAAUGAAAACAGAAACCUCAAG